AUGUUGCACUUUCGCACCUGGAUACUAAGCCCGAGUCGUGUGCAAUGUCUGCGACAGAAUCACCCCCUUGGAGAGCUUCUCGAAGCCUUUCGGCGCCACAGAGACGAGUUGCUAGUUCCGAUGGACUCCCGCGUAAAGGAAGACGAAAUCUACCCGAACGACAUACCUCUAGAAGACGAGUUGGCCUCAUCAGCAGAGCUCGCUACAGCGCAGACUCUUAGCCCAAGCAGCGACUAUGUUGCGAUCCCUCCAAUAGGCAUACUGCUCACUCAACAAUAUCAGCCGCUGGGCACUACAGUAUUUACUACCCAAGCGACAUCGACGCUUGGUUCUAUCCAAAGCCCUAGACCGCCAGUGCUUAGUCACAUGCCCUCGCGAGAGGAUUCCGCAACGCCCAGAGAGCAGCCCCUGGCAUGGGACGAAAUCUUGGGGCAUUCAGUAGAACAAUCUGGCGCUGAAGCACCGCCGUAUGUUGAACCUGUCGUAGCAUCUACACGAACGUUGUCCGCAAAUGGAGCCAACCGCCAAUCCCGUGCACCAACAGUAGGAAAAGCGCCGGCAGGACCAUUAGUAGAAGAUCCCCUGCCUAUCUCGACAGAUUAUCCCGACAAGGCAGGGCCCAAGCUGGCACGUUUCCGUCCACUAGUCGACCCUCUUGAUAUCGUCUUCAGAGAAGAGAUACACCGCGGGGAGAACGCGCUCAUAUGGAUAGUGACCUGCCGGGGAUAUACAUAUGCUUUGAAAUUAUUCACACAGUCGUUCGAUUCCUGUCCAUUCGAAAACGAGUGUCGGGCCUACGGUCGGUUGAAAGAGACAGGUAAGGAACACCUAGCGAUCGAAUGCCACGGCUACAUAGUCUUCACAUCAUCGUAUCUCAACGGGAAGGGAAUUCGGUUACCACAACUGGAAGAAACUCCGCAGUUGACAGACAGCGACGAGGAAAUGUUCUUCCACGCUCUUCUGAAAGACCUCCCACCAGAGCCCAUCGCUACUCUAGAUCUGACCCGCACGCAGCUAGUUCAGAUGUCCAAAGACCUCCUCGCGGUGCACCGGGUUGGCAUUUUCUUAGGGGGCGAGCUUAAGCCAUCGUCGUACAUCGCAGGCAAGUUGGUGGACUUUGGGCAGUCGAAGACGGUGCCUCAUCCGGCUUUGGACAGCCGGGACGGCUUUGAAGUCGGGAAAGACCCACAGUGUGCUGACCAGGUGGCUUUUGAUGAGCGGAUUGUAGACAGCUGGAAUGAGAAGGGUGCUAGUGAGAGGAGAAAGGGAGUCAGGAGGCUGGCUAGGGUGUUCUGCCCGGAGAAGAGGCAUUAUGCACGCCUGAGGGGCGGAGAUGAUAGGGGCUUUAUCCGAAACUUGAGACUUGGCGAGGGUUGGUUCAAUCCUGCUGAAUACAAGUGGCAAGUCGAAGACGAAGACGAGGCUCAACGUAAUGAUGGAAGGAGAGGAAAGAGGGCGCGGUACGACACAGUGGAUGACGAUGGACGUAUUCGAAAGACCGAAGCCAGAGGGAGAAAAAGUAAAAAGCGGCCACGCAGCAGCAACUGCUGA